UCCGGAACUCUUACCUGUAUGUGACCUACUUCAUGUCUGUUAUUGGUACCGAAACCUGUAAAGUUUGUGGAACUGGCGAUUUGUUUCUGACUACAUAAUCUACCAUGAAUAAAUUUGUGGUAGUGGUGGUCACUGUGGUGGCCGCAUUUAUGGUUUUGGAGCAAAGUUUGGCUAUAAAAUGUUUUGUGUGUAACUCGUACCAUCAAGCUGACUGUGCUGACUGGUUUGAUAACGUCACUCAACAUCUGGUCAAUUGUGAUCCCUGGCAGCACAAGUGUAGAAAAAUUGUGCAAGAAGUGUGGCUGGAUGACCACUGGGAUGUCCGUUACCUACGCCAGUGUGCUGCAGGUGGUACAGUGGGCAGGUAUGAGGGCAGAGAAUGUCAGGAGGUUUACGGUACAUACAACAUCAGAGUAAGAUAUUGUCACUGUGAUAACCAAGAUGGUUGCAACAGUGCCCACCGACCUGCAACAAGCCUCUCAACAGUUCUCCCUGUUUUAUUGUCAAUAUCUGUGUAUGUUUUAAGACAAAUUCGAUGAAUGUGAAGCUUGCAAGUUUAGUGUGAAAGGGAUGAAUAGCAUAACUAUGUUCAAAGAUAUUUUUGUUAAUACUGGUUCCAUUUGUUAGAUUUUUUAGUACCUCGGAAUUAUGUAUGUUAGUUACAUGCUCUCAAUAAAUAAUUGCAUUCUGAUGUAAUAAACAGUUUUAACUGGAGUUGAAAGUGUCUAAUUUUGAAAUCAGUAAAAAUUCACUCCUGAUUGUGAGCAUUAAGAGAUAUUUAAUUGUAACUUCUUAAAAAUUAUUAUGUUUGUCGCAAAGGUGAAUGAUAUAAGCUGCAUGAAUAUUGUAAAAGAUGUAAUAUAGAUGUUUAUGUGAGCUGUAUGUUAAUGGGAUUAAUCUCAGCUAUCAUUGUGGUCAUAAUAAAAAUCAAAUUAGCCAAGUGUGUGAAUGCUAUGUGUUCAUCAUGCAAAUGUGUAGUGUAGCAUUUGAAUGAAUCAGGUGGGUUAUGUCUCUGAGGUAUGUUUGCAUUUCAGAUGGCCUUAUGACAUUAAUUUUUGUUUUUUAACACUCAUGUUGAAAGUUAACAUUCCUCUCUUCAUUUAUUUUUAGAAACGGUACAUUGUACAUAAACUAUAUAAUUACUUGUGUAGUAUACUCAUGAUUCAAAUAUACAAACCUUGUACAGGCAUAUUUUUUAUAUCUCAUGGCUACAUUGCUGUGUUAUUUAACAGCCAACCUUGAUGUGACAGUUUGUGUUGGGUUGUAUUUUGCCAUUCCAUCAAUUAGACUGACAUAUUCUUAUAUGUCAUUCUUGACAGUUUUAUUUUGGUGCCUUAAAUAAAUUGCAUAAGGCAAUAGAAGAAUAACAGAUCACAAUAGUUUAUUGGAUAAUAAUCCUUUUAGUUAUGUAAAAACCAUAACAUCACUCACAAUUUUUAUAAUUUAAAGUCUUAUGCCAUCUCUUGAUACUCAAGUUCAAAAUUACAACAAAGAGUAAAAUUUAAAACCUCUUAAAAUUUGUAAUGUAUGAAAUGCUAUAACAAAUUAUUGUGGAUAAGUUUUUUGAAGAAUUUAAACUUAUAUUUGAAUAAUAUUUUUAAUCACUUUACUGAUCCUAUUAUAAACAAGUGCCCUCUGGUUUGAAGUUAUGAAUGAAAUAAUGUAUAAAAUAAACUUAAUAUGUACAUACUCUGCCUGUUGGUAAAUCAGAUGCACUAAAGUGAACUUUUGAAUGUAAUGUUCUUAAACAAGUCAUUGCAGCUAGUAGACUGACAAUGUACAUUCCAUUCAGAAAUCAUUAGGUUGGAUAAAUAUUUUAAUGCUUUUUAUUACCAUAAACAUUCCUCCAUAAGUGAAUUUUUAAAAUAAAAUAAUUUCUUACACUAUAA